UUUACUACUCUUCACAUAUUUACAAUUAUUUUUAAAAUUAUAAACAAAAAACAUAAAUAAAAACAAAUAAUGUUGUUGUAUGAAAAAAAUUAUUAAAAAAUUGUUAUUAAGUUAACAAACCACUCAAUUGUUUACAUACAUUUGAACAAAAAAACAUUAAACAUUUUAAAGUUAAAAACACUUGCGGAACAGAAUUGUUCAGUUUUUUAUAUUUUUCAUUAUAAAUGAGACCUAAAGUUGUCUCAAUUUUUAUGAAAUUCAUUUAGUUCAUGUAAAACUUUACUAAUAACAAAAUGUUGUACCACAAAGUGCUGAUAGCUGUAUUUUUAAUAACAUUUUUUAAUGUUAUUUUAUGUGAAACUGAACAGCCAGAAGAAAAUUGUGAUAUACCCUGCGAUGAAAAUGAUACACUACCGGUUUGUGUCUGGGAUAAAGAUGAAUAUUGUUUCCUCUCAUUACCCUCAAAAUGUGUCAUGGAACGCAUACAAUGUAUAUUUCAAAAGGAUUAUAUGAUGUAUGAUGCUACCUUCUGUGAAUUGGAGGGAUUCAAGUGUCCCGUAUCUCAAUCUCCACCCUUGGAUAAUGAACAGAUACACACUUAUCAUGAACAUCCUGAGGAUAAUGUUGAAGUUAUUUUGAAAACUGAGAAUGAAAAUGAUAUUAUUGAAAUCCCGGAGGAUUUUGAGAAUAACGUUGAUCAACUAGCAAUCCAAGAUAGUAUUGAAAGUGAUGAAGAGAAUAGCAGUCAUGCUGAAAUGUUGUUAAAUUAAUAUUUAAAUGGAUUAUUAUGUUCAAUAUUUUAUUUAAGGUUUUUCAAAUUUUAUAAGUUUUCAUUAACUUAAAUUUAUCAAAAAUCUUUUUCGGUUAAAAUAAAAAUAGAACAUUUCGGUUAAGAAUUUUGACAAUAA